AAAAAAUUGUUGCUACUGCAAUGCAGCUGAAGACACUGUCUACUGUUCACAGAUUAGGGUUCGAAGCUUUAAUCAGAAUGGAAGAUGUGGAUAUGGAGGCUUCUCCGAGCUACUUUGACCCCGAAGAUCUCAGCAUCAGAGAGCAAUUUCGUCGAUACGGGAAAAGGCAUUCAGGGUCAAGCUUAUCACCGCAACAUGAUAGCGCCGCUUCUAAGCUGAGCGAGAUCAGGUCAAAUGCUGCACUUUUUCUUGAAGAUAUAAAACAGGAGGCUGAGGGCCUUGACAUGGAUGAUGGAGGAACACCUCUUAAUGCUUUUUCCAAGAGGAGAUCGUUCAUUGAUGAUCAGGGACCAUCUGAACUGGACUUUGGAAGUGGAAUUCGUUCUCUACAAACUCUCAAGCAGGAAGAGGAUAGACUGGUUGAUAGUGGUGACACAACCUUUUCUCUGUUUGCUUCUCUACUUGAUUCUGCACUUCAAGGGUUGAUGACUAUUCCUGAUUUGAUAUUGCGAUUUGAAAGUGCUUGUCGUGAAGUUUCAGAGUCAAUCAGGCCUGGCUCCAAUGAAAGACUUAGGAUUGUAGAGGAUAAACUGAUGAGGCAGAAAGCCAGACUGUUGCUUGAUGAAGCUGCUUCUUGGUCUCUGCUGUGGUAUCUAUAUGGAAAAGGAAGUGAAGACAUUCCAGAAGAUCUAAUCCUGUUCCCAACAACUUCGCAUUUGGAGGCUUGUCAGUUUGUUGCAGCAAAUCAUACCGCGCAGUUAUGCCUCCGGAUCAUUCAGUGGCUUGAGGGGUUGGCCUCCAAGGCCCUUGAUUUGGAGAACAAGGUCCAAGGUUCUCAUGUGGGUACCUAUCUUCCUAAAUCUGGAAUAUGGCAUCAUACCCAACGGUUUCUGAAGAAAGGUGCCUCAAAUCUAAAGACUGUUCAUCACUUAGAUUUUGAUGCUCCAACACGUGAACAUGCACAACUAUUACCAGAUGACAAGAAACAUGAUGAAUCUCUUCUGGAAGAUGUCUGGACUUUAUUGAGGGCAGGAAGACUAGAGGAGGCAUGCAACCUUUGCCAGUCUGCCGGCCAGCCAUGGAGGGCUGCAACUCUCUGCCCAUUUGGAGGAUUUGACCUUUUCCCAUCCAUUGAAAGCCUGGUAAAAAAUGGCAAGAGCAGAGUCCUGCAGGCCAUUGAAUUGGAAAGUGGUAUUGGCCAUCAAUAUCGCCUCUGGAAAUGGGCUUCUUAUUGUGCAUCGGAGCAAAUUGCCAAGCAAGAUGGUGGGAAGUACGAAAUGGCAGUAUAUGCAUCACAGUGUAGUAACUUGAAGCGCAUUCUUCCAAUUUGUAUGGACUGGGAGUCUGCCUGCUGGGCAAUGGCCAAAUCUUGGCUUGAUGUCCAGGUUGAUAUGGAAUUGGCACGCUUGCAACCUGGGGGAAUGGAUCAAUUUAAAAGUUAUGAAGAAGCUAUUGAGGAAACUCCAGAACAAGGGGAUGGUGGUCAGCAAAUAGCUGGACCAGAUAACUGGCCCCUUCAGGUUUUAAAUCAGCAACCCAGACACCUAGCUGCACUGCUUCAGAAACUCCAUUCGAGUGACACUGUGCAUGAAGCUGUUACACGAGCAUGCAAGGAGCAACAGAGGCUAAUUGAGAUGAAUCUUAUGUCAGGAGACAUGCCAUGCUUGCUUGAUCUCAUAUGGUCAUGGAUAUCUCCUUCAGACGAUGACCAAAAUGUCUUCAGGCCACAUGGCGAUCCCCAGAUGAUGCGUUUUGGGGCACAUUUAGUGCUUGUGCUUAGAUAUUUGCUUGCAGAUCAGAUGAAGGAUGAUUUCAGAGAGAAAAUCAUGGCAGUUGGUGAUCUCAUCCUUCACAUGUAUACUAUGUUUCUAUUCUCAAAGCAACAUGAGGAAUUGGUUGGGAUAUAUGCAUCUCAGCUUGCACGCCAUCGUUGCAUUGAUCUCUUUGUGCAUAUGAUGGAGUUACGGCUUAAUAGCAGCGUGCAUGUCAGGUAUAAGAUAUUUCUUGCUGCCAUUGAGUACUUGCCUUUUUCAGCUGGAGAUGACUCUAAAGGCAGCUUUGAAGAAAUCAUUGAGAGGAUUUUGUUGAGAUCUCGAGAAAUUACAGUUGGAAAAUAUGAUAAACUAUCAGAUAUUGCAGAACAGCACCGUUUGCAGAGUCUUCAAAAAGCUAUGGUUAUUCAAUGGCUUUGCUUUACACCUCCCUCCACAAUCAAAGAUGCUAAGGAUGUUAGUUCCAAACUUCUUCUCCGGGCAUUGGUUCAUAGCAACGUUCUGUUUCGGGAAUUUGCUCUCAUCUCAAUGUGGAGGGUUCCAGCGAAUUCAAUUGGGGCCCACACACUGCUUAGUUUACUUGCUGAGCCCUUGAAAGAGCCAACUGAAACUCUCCUUUCUACAGAGGAUCAUCAUCUUACAGAGAAUUUGCGAGAGUUUGAGGACUGGAAUGAAUACUACUCGUGUGAUGCAACAUACCGGAACUGGCUAAAAGUUGAGUUAGAAAAUUCAGAGGUUCCUCCCCGUGAACUUUCAGUUGAGGAAAAGACAAGGGCACUUACAGCAGCCAAAGAAACUCUGGUGUCAUCCCUUUUAUUGUUACAAAGAAAAGAAGCUCCUUGGUUGGUUCCAACCCAAGAUCGAAUUUACGAAUCUGAGGAACCUGUAUACCUUGAAUUACAUGCCACUGCGAUGCUCUGUCUACCCUCUGGUGAAUGCUUGUCUCCGGAUGCCACUUUGUGCACAACCUUAACAAGUGCUUUGUACUCUUCGGUGAGCGAGGAAGAAGUGUUGAAACGUCAACUCAUGGUGAGUGUCUCUAGGUCAGCGAGGGAUGAGUACUCCAUUGAGGUGAUACUACGCUGUUUAGCAGUAGCAGGCGAUGGGCUAGGGAUACACGAGGUCAACGAUGGUGGUCUCCUAUCUACUGUGCUUGCUGCGGGCUUCAAAGGUGAGCUGGUUAGGUUUCAAGCCGGAGUAACUUUGGAAAUCUCUAGAUUAGAUGCUUGGUAUUCAAGCAGUCUUGGGUCUUUGGAAGGUCCAGCAACAUACAUUGUUCGAGGCCUUUGCCGUAGAUGCUGCAUUCCGGAAAUAGCUCUUCGGUGUAUGCAGGUUUCCGUUUCCCUCAUGGAGGCCGGCAAUCCAGCCGAAAGCCAUGAUGAAUUAAUUGAUCUAGUCUCAUGUGCUGAAACUGGAUUUCUUCAUUUAUUUAGUCAGCAGCAGAUGCAGGAAUUUUUGUUAUUUGAAAGAGAAUACUCAAUUCAUAAAAUGGAGCUUCUGGAAGAUAAUUUUUCCUGACUCAUUUCGACGGUGCAAAUUGGAAUGGGAUCUUAAGCGCUUGGUUUCCAGUUUGGUGAAAAAAAAAAAAAACUCUUGGGUUCCGCCAUUGGUGUACUAUACCCUGUACACUGCUGCACCGUUCUUGAUGUAGAUCAUGCUGUGUCUAACUUAUUGUGAUGUAUGUGUAUACGCACGAGCAAAAAAUGUACCCCUUGACUGCAAAUACCUUACAUAGAUCAUCUAACUAGUUAUGGGGGCUUAAUAUCCGAAACAUCUAUCUUUCCCUUGUCAAUUUCUCUUGCAAUUUAUUUUAACACAAUUACUUGUGAUGCUGAAACUCGUUUAGAUUGCUAUU